AUGCGAUCUACGCCCACGUUUGCGGUAAUCUUCUUUGUGUCAUCUACAGUCCUCAGUCAAUAUUCAAACCAUGUGGCUCGUCCUGUGACCCGAUCUCUCGACGCUAUCCUUGUUGACCCACAAGAGGCGGAAGCACAAUCUCCUGCACACCCGUUCUCAAGAUCUCUGAAUCUUCGAAACGCCAUUUCAUCAAUACCAUACAUCAAGCAUCUGGACUUACGGCAGGUGGCGCCUGCUGCAAACGCUCAAGCUAAUGCCAAUGCCAACACUAACGCCAACGCUGCCGCACAGGCUCAACAGCCCGCGAACGCAGCAGCCGGCACUGUUCCACAGCAAGUAGCGCCCGUGCCGGCUGCGAAUAAUGCUCCCGUGGCGGGCGUCGGUGGGGGCGGAGCUCCGGCUCAAGCACAACCAGCGGCGAAUGUGGGACAAGCCAACCCGGUCACGGUCAUCACAGUUGCGACGGUCGUGGGUGGAGUAACGAAACAAGUACCGCAAACUUUCACACAAAGCGCAGGGGCUGGGGGAUCAGCGCCACCCGUUCAGACGGGGACAAUUGGAAUGGGCACAUUGACUGGAAAGGUUGGAGUUGUGAAGACAGAUUCAGCAAAAAGUGAUGGUGUUCCUCUGAGGGAGUACACGUCAAAGAGAUGGACUGCAUUUGGCAUAAUGGGAAGUUGGACCAUGGCCAUGUUGCUAUGCGGUGCUAUGUUAGGAGCAAGAAUAAUAUAA